AAAAUACUAGAAUCUGAUUAUUGAUAAAUUUUUGACGUUUCGUCACUUUUAUUGUGACUUGAUCCUCCCUGCGAUUUGAAUGAUAUUCAAAAGUAUUUCCAGGAUGACUGCGACAUCUGUCAUGGUAAAUCUCAAUCAAGCUAACUUGCAACAUCUAUCAUAUGUGCUCCAUUUACAUAAAUAAAAACAUCAUUUACAUAAACAAUAAUGUGUAGAUUAUAAAUUAAAUGAUUUUUUAAAAUUCGAAUUCACGAAAACCGCUGACGUUAAAUAUACAAAUUUAUUAAUUCAAAUUAAAACGACAUGGCUCCGAAGAAAAAUAAAACAGCUCAGGAUGAUGUUGACAAAGAAUUGUCUGAUGCAAAUAAUUAUUUAAAAGUGACUUGUUCAUAUGAUUUAAUGCCGUAUAUUUUUUCUCAUUUAUCUGGACGGGAACUUAGUAAUUCUUCAAAGGUUUGUAAACUUUGGCGCGAAGCAGCAUUUCGUGAACUUAAGACACGUAAAGUAGUUUUGAAUUUUGGUCCAUAUAAAAAAUAUUUCAAACCCAAUGAUAGUGCGAAUAAUGAUUUUGACGAUACACUUACCAACAAACCAAUGUUCGGUUUAUUAUUUUCUACACCUCGUUGCAAAGUACCGGAAUGUCUGCCACCGCAUGUACCAUCAUCGUGUGUUUGUUUGUCAAUUAAAAAUCAUGGAUUGAUUGUAAAUAAUACCGAGUAUGAAGACGCUAAGAAUUUAGUUGGUUACACAUUUUUACCAGAGGACCCGGAGGUUGACAUUAAUUUAUUCGUACGCAACCACGCGGGAAAAAAAAAUAAAGAUUUAAAAAAAAAUAUUUUUGAGAUACCCAAUGUACGGAGUUUAUUUGAUUUAAUAUGCAACGAUAACCCGACAAUUACAAAUGUCAAAUGUAUAAUUAUUUUCGUUAUUGAUAAUAAUCCGUUUACUUUCAUCGACGUUCCUACUUUCAUCAAAAAUAACAAAAUAGCAAUAUGGGGUGGCGUAGUAAAUAAACUUUCGUGUUCGCUAUCAGGCUCAAAGCUCACAGAUACAAAUUUUAUGGGAGUUGUAAUUUCUGGUGACAACGUUCGAAGUUGGUCGACUAUUUUAACUCAAGAUGAAGAAACAGAGAAAGCUGUGAUAAUUAAAUUAACAGAAUUUAAAAAAGAUGUUAAAUUACUUAAACAUUCAAUUGGAUUUAUGUUCAGUUGCGUAGCUCGCGGUUCCGGUUGGUACGGAGAAGCCAAAAAUGUUGAGUCGACUAUUUUUAAAAAUUUAUUUCCUACCGUACCUUUAAUAGGAAGUUUUGGUAAUGGAGAAUUGGGUUCACAAUCAGUUUUCGAAAACCCUGAAUUAGAAAAACGUUGUGUUGAUAUUCACCAUCAGUAUUCGACGACAGUUAUGAUUUUAACUUACGGAAAAUAAAUAUUUAUUUGAAUUAUUAUCAAUUAUUUAUAUUUUUUAUAGUAUUUAAUAAUUAUAAGAUUAAAUUUAAAAAUAUAAAUAUAAAUAUUAAAAUUAA